AUGGUUAAGAAGGCCAACGGAAAGUGGGGAAUCUGCAUUGACUUCACCGACCUGAAUAAGGCCUGUCAAAAAGACAGCUUUCCCUUGCCGAGGAUCGACCAUCUCAUUGACGCAACAGCAGGACAUGAGCUCCUAAGCUUCAUGGACGCCUUCUCAGGAUACAACCAAAUCCGGAUGGACCCGGAUGACCAGGAGAGAAUGGCCUUUAUCACUGACCGCGACCUGUACUGCUACAAGGUAAUGCCCUUUGGCCUCAAAAACGCCGACGCCACUUAUCAACGGCUGGUGAAUGAGGUAUUCAAAGAACAACUCGGUAGGAACGUGGAGGCAUAUGUCGACGACAUGCUCGUGAAGAGAAAAAAGGCUGAACAUCACCUACUCGGCCUCUGCGAAGUCUUCAAUACACUUAGAGAGUACAAGACGAGGUUAAACCCAAUCAAGUGUGCCUUCGGGGUUGUCUCCGGCAAGUUUAUGGGGUUCAUGGUAACAUAG